CGGCUGAGAUCCUGCAGUGCGGCUCGUGUCCCCGUGUCCCUGCGCCAAUAGCCGCGGCGGGGGAGGUCACCUGGAGGACGAAAUAUCCUCGUUGCCGUCAGUUCCCUUAUUGAUGACUCCCGAGACACAAGGAAGGAAUUUUCACGCCAGCUGACUUUUCACAAUGCCGGUUACAGACCAAGCGUUUGUCACCCUGGGGACAAAUGACAUAUACUGUCAAGGAGCCCUGGUCCUGGGGAAAUCUCUACGGAAUCACAAAACAACUAGACAACUGGUAGUAAUGAUUACAUCACAGGUCACCGGCCGUAUGAGGGCCGUCCUUAGUAAUAUAUUCGAUGAAGUAAUCGAAGUGGAUAUUUUAGAUAGUGCCGACUCUGUCCAUUUGGCUUUGAUGAAGAGACCCGAACUUGGAAUCACAUUCACCAAAUUUCAGUGCUGGACUCUUACUCGGUAUACCAAGUGUGUUUACAUGGAUGCUGACACAAUUGUCCUUUGCAACAUCGACGAACUGUUUGAUCGGGAUGAGUUUUCAGCUGCUCCUGAUUCUGGCUGGCCAGAUUGCUUCAACAGUGGUGUAUUUGUCUUUAGACCAAGCCUGGAGACAUUUCACAAACUUCUCCAAUUUGCGGAAAUACAUGGCAGCUUUGAUGGAGGUGACCAAGGCCUACUGAAUAGCUUCUUCAGUAACUGGGCGACAACAGACAUCAGCAAGCACCUACCAUUCAUCUAUAACCUGAGCAUUAGUUCUGUUUAUACAUAUAAACCUGCUUUUCUACAGUUUGGCUCUGAGGCAAAGGUGGUUCAUUUUCUGGGCACACCUAAGCCCUGGAACUGCAAAUACAACCCCCAGACCAGAUGGAUUGUUGAGGAUGAAUCUUUAAGUGGAAAUGAGCACCUCUCCUAUCUUGUCCUUUGGUGGGAAAUCUAUAUUUCAGAUAUACUGCCAUUAUUAACAGACCAAGAAGAAACUGAAGGGGCAAACAGUCAACAGCACCAAAUUGGAAGAAUUGAGCUUCUUGUGAAAAAUGAAAACCCAAUUGGUUCCCAAGAGACUCCUGUAAAAAGCCCUGGAGAUACAGUCCAGCUUGCCCAUUCUGCUUCGGAGUUGUCCAUCCACGAAUCAGAAGAAGAGGCCAGAACAGAAGAUGAGCGCAGAAAGUGGGAGCAAGGGCAUAUUGACUACAUGGGAAAGUAUGCCUUUGAGAACAUCCAAAAAAAGUUAGAUAUUUUUACAGUAACUCUCUACCUUUUUUGGGCUGUUCAUCCUUCCUUCUCUCUGCAUUAUUUAUUGUGCCGUAGCAUUUUAUUUGGUUUUAUAUUAUGCUUAACGACCUUGUAAUAUUUUAAUACAAACUAUCCAAAUAAAUUAGAGCUAUUUAGUUUUGCAA